AUGCCGGACGCACCCACCGAGAGGCUGCCGCCGGGGCUCGGCUCCUGCUGCGUUCCCUGUGCCGGCACCUGCCCCUACUUCGGCCGCUUCGGCGGGGCCGGGACCAACCCGAGUAGCCGGCUGCAAGUCACCAACCUGUGCCAGAGCUCUCGGCGUGCGCCCUGGCUCCCCACGCGCAGCACGGACGCCUUAUCCCCAGCGGCGGAGGGUGGGGAGCGGCAAGCGCCUGAGGGAUGGCUGCCCAAACUUUCCUUCUGCCUGAAGCGGAGGGACGCGAAUGCUGAGACAGCGCAGACAAGAUGCUGUGUGGAGCUGUCACUGCUGCUGCUGCUGUUGGCCGGGGAGUUGCCGCUGGGCGGCAGCUGCCCGCGGGACUGCGUAUGCUACCCGGCGCCCAUGACAGUCAGCUGCCAGGCGCACAAUUUCGCCACCAUCCCGGAGGGCAUCCCUGAAGACAGCGAGCGCAUCUUCCUGCAGAACAACCGCAUCAGCCUCCUGCAACCAGGUCACUUCAGCCCCACCAUGGUCACCCUGUGGAUCUACUCCAAUAACCUCACCUUCAUUGACCCCGGCACCUUCGAGGGCUUCGCACACCUGGAGGAGCUGGACCUUGGGGACAAUCGGCAGCUGAGGACGCUGGCGCCCGAGACCUUCCAGGGCCUGGUGAGGCUCCACGCCCUCUACCUCUACAAGUGUGGGCUCAGCGCCUUGCCGGCGGGCAUCUUCAACGGCCUGCACAGCCUGCAGUAUCUCUACCUGCAGGACAAUCACAUCGAGUACCUCCAGGACGAUAUCUUUGUGGAUCUGGUCAACCUCAGCCACCUGUUCCUCCAUGGCAACAAGCUGUGGAGCUUGGGUCAGGACACCUUCCGGGGGCUGGUCAACCUGGACCGCCUGUUGUUGCACGAGAACCAGCUGCGCUGGGUACACCGCCGGGCUUUCCACGACCUGCACAGGCUCACCACCCUCUUCCUCUUCAAUAACAGCCUCACGGAGCUGCAGGGCGAUUGCCUGGCCCCGCUGGUCGCCCUGGAGUUCCUCCGCCUCAAUGGCAAUGCCUGGGACUGCGGCUGCGGGGCGCGCUCCCUGUGGGAGUGGCUGCGCAGGUUCCGCGGCUCCAGCUCCGCCGUCCCCUGCGCUGCGCCCGAGCUGCAGCAAGGCCGGGACUUGAAGCUGCUAAGGGCUGACGACUUCAGGAACUGCACGGGGCCGCCGGCGUCCCCCCACCAGAUCAAGUCGCACACGCUCACCACCACCGACAGGGCUGCCCGCAAGGAGCACCACCCGCCGUCCCACGGCCCCGCCAGGGACAAGGGCCAUAAGAAGUCCGGCAAGAACUGCACCAGCCACCGGAACCGCAACCAGAUCUCCAAGGCCGGCGCUGGGAAGCAGGUGCAGGAGCUGCCGGACUACAUCCCUGACUACCAGCAUAAGUUCAGCUUUGACAUCUUGCCCACGGCUCGGCCCAAGAGGAAGGGCAAGUGUGCCCGGAGGACCCAUAUCCGCGUCCCCAGCGGGGUGCAGCAGGCCUCCGCAGGCGGCUUCCUGCGGGCCUCACUCCUGGCCUGGAUACUGGGGCUGGCAGUCACUCUCCGCUGA